GUGGCUCCGAAGGUCCCCCAGGACUCGGGUAGCAGUAACCGUAGAAGUGCGGGCAAUUACGGCCGGUUUUCUUUAGUGCUCAUGGAUCGCACCUGUCGCUUGAGCUAUACCUCAUGAGUGCCUUGGGCUAUGAUUAACUGCUGGACCUUCAAAAUACAAAGAGAAGUAUUUUGAAAUGCCUGGUAUUCCGCUGUGGAUUUUGGAGCAUGAUAAAAAAUGGGAAAUACAUCUGACUACUGCAGAGAGGGCUUGGAGAUGAUCCCUUGAAAGCACUAGGAUGCCUGGCUGCCUUAAAAAGACAUUAUUUGCUUUGGCUUCUCUAGUAAGUUUUGUGUCUUUUAUCUUGAUUGUUGUUGCAAUGGGGACCCCAAAGUGGAUGACUGGAAAGAUCCUUUGCAAAACAGGGGCUGAUUUGGUCAAUGCCACAGAUCCAGAGCUGAUCAAGUUCAUUGGAGAAAUUUACUAUGGACUAUUUCGGGGCGGCAAAAUACGCCAAUGUGGCUUGGGCGGGCGGCGUUCCAAAUUCACAAUUUUCCCCCACAUGGUGAAAAAGUUGAAUACAGGUCUGCAUGUGAUGAUCAUAAUAUUCCUCUGUGUGGCCAUUUUCUUUUCUCUGGUCAGUUUUGGAUUCUGCAUUCUUAACGCAAUAAAAGUUCCUUACCGGGCUAUUAACGGUCCAGCAGGAGCAUGCCUCUGGAACUUCCUUGCAGGUGGAUUUGUAGUACUUGCAGUCACCAGCUUCAUGGCUGCUGUGAAACUUCAUCACCUCACAGAAAGAAUUGCCAAUUUUCAGGAAAAUAUCUUUCGGUUUGUUAUCUUAGAAGAACGUUUUGAAGACUGUUUUUGGAUUUGUGUGGCAAGUGCCACAUCACAUGCAGUGAAUUUGCUGCUAAUAGCCAUUAGUGGGAUUCAUUUCCCUAAAAUUAAGACUAAAACAGAAGAAGUGAAUGUUACAGCAGAAGAUAUCAUGUACUAACAAAUCUACACAAAACAAUUUUGGUCAAGUUAACUGUUGUGUCAGGAACAGUUUCUUGGCCCUUCAGCCUUUGUUUUGGAUAGAUGAUUUACUUAUGUCAGUCUACAAUACCGGCAACUAACAUAUCUGGGAAAAAAAAUAAAAACCUGCUAUAAAUGUCAUUAUUCUCAAAACAGACUGAUAUCUGCAGUAAAUAUAUGCUGUUCGUCUGUUUUCAGAAAAUUUUCACUUUGGGGUAUCUUAGAAAACUAAGGUCAAAUAUUUCAUCAAACAAAAUGUCUUCUUUGUUUAGAAAGACAACUUGUUUAUCACAAAUCUUUGAAACUAUAAGGUUAUUUCAAAACAGAAAGAAUGUGUAUUUGGCAUUUACUUUCACAGAAUUAUCUAGAGCAUAUUGAGGGGGACAUAUACGUUUGAUGAUGUUAUACAGCAUUGAAAAAGAAAACUUCAUCAUCUGUGAGGCUAAAGUUAAGGAGCAGCAAAGGCUAGGUGUGUGUGUAUGAAAUGUUUUUAAAACAGAAAUCACCCAACACCACAAGGCAAAGAGGUGAGAAAUGUAAAGUAUAUGGGAUGCUAUUAGUCUAGGAAGAAAAAAAUAUUAGCUGCUAAACGAAUGUUUCAUUGCAGCUUCUGGAAGUUAACAGAUUAAUGGUAAUAGUGCUUUUAGAUAACCUGGAAAACAUUAAUCUGACAGAUUAAUUUUCUUCAUAACUGUGUUAAUUAAAAGUUAACUCUAUGUGAAAUCAAGUAAUAGUGAGGUAUGGUGAAACAGUACUGAAAUUAAUAGAACUGGCUAAAUUGAUGGAAAAAUUACUUUCUUAGGAAGUACCAUAAUUUUGACAUGGAUUUAACCAACUCUUGGGUCCCAAGCAGUGAAUAUUUUUGAGAAAAGAAUAUGGAAUAUAUCAUUUAGAAUGGAUACAGUGGCCUACACCAUCUCUGGGUUUGGCUCUACAAGGUUAGCAGGAUUAUGAGUGAAGCAGAAAUUUAUGGGGUCCUCCUGCAAUAGGUCCUACUAACCUGUGUUCUUCCAGACACCCUGAGCCACGUUUUUUUUGUUUGUUUGUUUUCCCCCAGAAGCACUAAAAUUAUUUUUUAAAAUUUAAAAGAUAGAUUAAAAAUUAUUAUGAGUCUAGAGAACUGUUACAAUUUUAGCAUAAAGGAGACUCAAUAAAGCAGAAAAAGUUCCUAUUUUAUACCACCCUCUUACUUCAUUUUCUUCUAAAUUUACUGGUGCUUUCACUCAGACUGAACCCUGGGCCACAGCUCCAGAAAGAUGAUACAAUAGCCAGUACAUGGAUAGGCAGCAAACAAACCCAGUCUACGAAGGUGUCUUAGAUGGUAACAACGUAGUAGUGCCCUGAAAACUGCCCACAGGGUCCCCUGUGGUACCACCACCUUCCUCUCCCGGAAAAUUCUGAGUGGCUUUGAGAUAGAAGAACUUGAAGUGCAGCAUAAUUACACAAGUAGAAAAUGUAAUACUUGUCAUUUGUAAUUGUUCUAUGAACAUGUAUAAUUUAGAUGUAGUUACUGUACAGAAAGAAUUAUACUGUGGCAUGU